UAUAUUGAGCGGAAAAACACGAAACUAAUGUUUUUUUCACUUGUAAAGAAAUUAAAGUAAUUAAUAAUUGUGUUUUUAAUUCUAUAGAAUAAUAUAGUGUUAAUUUGUUAUUUUUGUUAUAGUUAAUGUAAAUAUUGACGGAAAAUACCUAUAAACAAGUAUUGUACGCAAUUAGUAUAAUAGUUUUCUGCACCUGUCAGAAAUUUAUUGGUUAUGUAAACAAUAUGGUUGCAAUCGCUGCAAUAAUUGCAAUAAACGACAGAUAAAAAAACGUUUACGUGGUUUACGUUGUAAAAACGUUUACAAUUAAAAAUAAUAUAAACGAAGAUCAUUAACUUUCCUGCUAAUUCGAAAAUGGAAAACAUUGUGUAAACAUUCAAUAAAAUAUUAUAGAUUAAAAAGGGGCCUAGAAGAAAGAUACAGUUGAAUUUGUCUUCUUUAACUCCAAAAAGAAAGGAAAAUGGCAGGUUCAGCAUUGAGACGUCUAAUGGCAGAAUAUAAACAACUAACCCUAAAUCCACCCGAAGGAAUAAUAGCGGGACCGAUAAAUGAGGAGAAUUUUUUCGAAUGGGAAGCAUUGAUAACCGGUCCCGAGGGAACAUGCUUCGAGGGCGGUGUAUUUCCGGCGAAAUUAAUAUUCCCACCUGAUUAUCCAUUGAGUCCGCCUAAAAUGCAAUUUACCUGCGAAAUGUUUCAUCCAAAUAUUUAUGCUGACGGUAGAGUUUGUAUUAGUAUUUUGCAUGCACCCGGUGACGAUCCAAUGGGCUAUGAAAGCAGUGCUGAACGAUGGAGUCCCGUUCAGAGUGUUGAGAAAAUUCUCCUCAGUGUCGUAAGCAUGUUGGCCGAGCCAAACGACGAGAGUGGUGCAAAUGUUGAUGCAGCAAAAAUGUGGCGAGAAGAUCGCGCCGAAUUCGAAAGAAUUGCCCAGAAACUAGUCAGAAAGACUCUCGGUAUUACAUCGUAAGUUAAAAAUUUGCAAAAUUGUUGAAA